UGUUGAGGUCAGAGGAGGCGGGCUGCGCGUCCAAGACCAGCGCCUGCGCGAGCUGAAGGCAACCGGGAGAAGAGACCGAACGUGCGGCCUGGGUAGCCGGAUUCCGUGACACCGCUUGAGCAACGCGCAACCACGAUCUGCCCGGCAUGGAGGGCGAGUGCCGGGUGCUCUCCAUCCAGAGCCAUGUCGUCCGGGGCUACGUGGGCAACCGGGCGGCCAUGUUCCCGCUGCAGGUUUUGGGAUUUGAGGUUGAUGCGGUGAACUCUGUGCAGUUUUCCAAUCACACAGGCUAUGCCCAUUGGAAGGGCCAAGUGCUGAAUUCACAGGAGCUGCAUGAACUGUAUGAAGGUCUCAAGAUGAACAGCGUGAAUAAAUAUGACUACGUACUCACUGGUUACACGAGAGACAAGUCCUUCCUGGCCAUGGUGGUGGACAUCGUGCAGGAGCUGAAGCAGCAGAACUCCCAGCUUGUGUACGUGUGUGAUCCCGUGAUGGGCGACAAGUGGAAUGGCGAAGGCUCCAUGUACGUUCCUCAGGACCUCCUUCCUGUGUACAGGGACAAAGUGGUGCCUGUGGCAGACAUCAUCACUCCUAACCAGUUUGAAGCUGAGUUGCUGAGUGGCAGAAAAAUCCACAGCGAGGAAGAAGCCCUGGAGGUGAUGGACAUGCUGCAUUGCAUGGGUCCUGACACCGUGGUCAUCACCAGCUCUGACCUGCCCUCCCCACAGGGCACUGACUACCUGAUCGCACUGGGCAGCCAGAGGAUGCGGAAGCCUGAUGGCUCCACGGUGACCCAACGCAUCCGGAUGGAGAUGCGCAAGGUGAAUGCCGUCUUCGUGGGCACUGGGGACUUGUUUGCUGCCAUGCUUCUGGCGUGGACACACAAGCACCCAGACAAUCUGAAGGUGGCCUGUGAGAAAACUGUGUCUGCCAUGCAACACGUGCUGGACAGGACCAUCCGGUGUGCAAAAGCUCAGGCAGGAGAGGGACAGAAGCCCAGCCCGGCUCAGCUGGAGCUGAGGAUGGUCCAGAGCAAAAAGGACAUCGAGGACCCUGAGAUCAUCGUGCAGGCCACCGUGCUGUGAGGGCCGUGGACUCGCCUGACACAGCAGCGUGCUGGCUGGGGUCUCCUUUUCCAUCCCUGUGAGAGCUGUGAAGUCUGCCUUAGAGCCAUGACUGAAACUUAACAUUGUGUUCCCUCCUGAGGGUCGUGCCUCAGCCUGUCUCAAUCCUGACAAUGUGCCAUCAUGGCUUUUUAAAAUAAUAACAAAGCUGUCACAGAAA